GAGGUGCUCACCUGCUUCGACCUGCAGCAGAAACACAACCAGCAUCUGAAGAUAAGACGUUCGGCGUUUCAUCAACAGCUUCAGCCGACAGAGAGGAAGGAUGUCAGAGUUUCCCGCUCUCCUCCGGAUGUCAUUCCUGGUGCUUUGCAUUGUGGGAAUGACCUCGGUGACCUUCGGCUUCCCUCGGCCUCGACUACCUCUCAGGAAUCCUGAUGAUCCAGAGGAAGUAAAACAGGAAGACUGGGACAUCCUCUUCCCAUCUAUUUCCCUCCACGACUGGAACAUCCAGAUGUUGCCGGGCCUCAGGUCUGCAGAGGGGAAGGGUGGUCUGAUGAGGGAGGCCUGGCUGUUCGCACCGGAGAGGACCGAGGCCAGCGUGGAGGGGGUCUGGCCCUCAGACUGGGCAUCUGAAGGAGCUCGGCUCCUGAAGAGGAACUUGGUGGUGGCGGAUGAUGCUGCCUUCAGAGAGAAGAGCAAGCUGCUCACCUCCAUGGAGAGGCAGAAGUGGCUCAACUCCUACAUGCAGAAACUCCUGGUGGUUAAUUCCUGAGGCUCCGACAUGAGCUGUUGGGAUAAAACCUUUAGAUUCCAGGAGGGACUUGUCCGAUCUAAAAACAUGUCAGGCUCAGAGCGCUGCCAAGUCGCCCGAUUCACCAAGAAAAUGUUCCCAUCUGAAGCGGGUUUGUGUCACCGGACUGUAAAUGAAUAAAUGGUUUAAUCUC